AUGACGAAGAGACUGGGCACACUCAUCGUCGUCGUCAUCAGAGCGCGACAUCUGCCUAACAAGAAGAAAGUGGGCAAGCAAGAUCCCUACUGCACCGUCAGUCAUGGCGCAGACAGGAAGAAGACCCAGGUGAUCAAGCGAGGCGGUCAACAGCCCAAGUGGGAUGACGAACUUCGAUUUGAGAUCUGGCACGACUUGGAGGAUGAACUGCUUCACCAACGGGUGGCCGUCACCGCUACUUCAACAGGUGGUGUCCUCCCACUCAGUCCCCCAGCGCAGUCCGGCGAGUCAUCUUCGACCUCGUCACUCUCUGUCGGCAACGUGAGCAGACAAGCCAGUUCAAGCAGCAAGAUGAGCUCGAGCAGCGCUGCCCGAGCCAGUCUCAAGCCUGGCCAGAAGACGCUGCAAGUCGCAGUCUACGCAGACGAUCCCAAAGAUCCAGAGAUUGUAGGGGAAGCGACUUUCGAUCUGGCCGAGACGCUCAAGAAGGGCGAGACGGAUGUCUGGCUCGAAUUGCGGCACAAGGACAGAUAUGCGGGCGAAGUAUUCCUAGAGAUGACCUUCUAUUCUGCUGAUCCGCCGCCCGUAAACCGGUCCAAAAAGGCGAGCACACCGCUAGGACCUUCGACUGUCGACAACCAUUCGCGACCGAGCACGACUUAUGGUGGUGCCGGUCACUUCGAACCGCCUGCUCUCGGCGGUGCAUACUAUACACCCGAUCCCUCGCGUGCGCCAUCGCUCAGUCAUCCUGUCAUAUCGACUCCCUCAGGAUCUCUUCCCCUGCCACCAGAAGACCUGUAUGCACAGCAGCCUACAAUUGACUAUACGGCCGUGCCAAACGGGACACAACUAGCGCCUGCGCCGCCACCGCCUAGACCAAGCACGAGUCGGAACAACCUGCAGGCCUCAUAUGCUCAGCAGUACGCGCUACAGACGCAGCAUAUGCCACAGACGCAGCAGACGCUGCACCAGCUGGAACAAUCGAUGGCUAACAUAUCGCUAUCUUCGCAAUAUGCCCAAGGGCCGCAACCUUCGGCAAUCUUUGCGCCGGUCAGGUCGACUGCCUAUCACGACAUGCGCGUACAGCAACCCUUGCCUUCUGAGCCACAUAGCUACAGCGCUUUGCCGGCCAUGCAACACUCGAAUUCUGCUCCUUUCAGCGUCGCUGGCUAUCCGCAGAACAUGCAGAGUCCUCUGCACGGACAGUCACCGGGCCCAUCUCACGGACCGUACUCGGCUUCACCGGCCUCAUAUUCGGGGCGCUCACACAUGCCUGCACCUGUAGCGCCCUCGCACCAUGCAGAAGCGACCAGCAUGUCGCAGAGUCAAGCUAGCUCGCGGCCGCUUCCGGACCCAAGCAAAACGAGCAUACCGACACAGAACCAUGCAUUCGGCCAUUCUAUUCCCGCAACACUAUCGCCACCGCCUAUGCAGUACGUUCAGAGCACCCAGCUUCAGCCGCCGAGACCGACUCCGCCUAUAGUGCCCAACACGAGGCGGCCAGUUUCGCCCGUGCCACCACCUCGACCAUCGGCAUCUGCUGCCAAGCCACCCAUGACCCUGCCCGCCCAUUUGCUUCCGCGAUCAGCUCACCGAAUCUCGCUCGACGGCGGUGCCAGACCGAUAGACGCACAUGCCGGCUGGCAAACCGGCCACCCGCAGUUCUAUGCGCCUGCACCUGCCGCGCACUCCUUUGCAUCUUCGGCAGGCGAUAUCCAUCUGGCCCAGCUACAGCCUCCGCCACAGUACGCUUCCGCUGAGCAGCGGCAGAGUGAGCACACUCCGUACUCGCCGGCCCAAUCGCGACCGCUGCCCAUACCUAUAGCACAAAAUCAUUACGAGCCAAGGUAG